AUGGCAACGUCUCUUCCUUACUCGUUACCGCACCAGGAUCAUGGAGCAAAAGCCAUCAUGCCCAACAAAGAAAAACAUCCCGAACGCAAAAUUACCAUCCAAAACGGAGUAACACAAGCAGAAGCACUACUCAAAGCUCCCGACGCCGGUGACCUGACCAACAAACUUCAACAGCUCACGGAUGCUGGUGACCGAUUCGACCAGGAUCGCUCAGGCCGGUUUGACGAUCCCGGUCAGAUCGAGGCGACCCCAUCACCAGCAACUUAUGAUCUAACCUUGGGAGACGCCAAACCGCCCAGCCCUGUCAGUGAUGACGAGCUGCGGUCCAUGCAUGCCGAAGAGGACCAAUUUCGCGACAAGCUUGUGGCUGCCGGAUGCCCGCCGUGCCUCCCAGUCGACGAAAAGUACCUGUUUCAUUAUGACUAUGCACCGGGGUGCUACCAUGAGUCCAAUCCGGCUGCCAAGUAUUACUUGAGAAAGGACCGUGACAGACAGCCCCUGCGGGCCCAAUUCUUUGACUGGAACUCACUUGGAAAUUUCCAGUAUUCUCAGCGCCAUCACCCCGACGUGUUGCCUGGGCCUGGGGAGGCGGAGCGUGGUUUCCGCGAAUAUAUCGAGGAAAUCAAAACACAUCUGCGUGAGCGAAACCUUACAGAAUCCGCCGAACUCGUGGCACUGUCGCUCGAUGUGACCAAACAGGACGCCCUACAAAACUGGCUCGAAUUCAUGGCCAUGCAUUUGGACAUACACGUGGGACUCGUGCAUAGAGCAAAAAAUUAUCCCUCGUAUCCGGCCAUCUCAUGGCGGAUGCGGGCUAAGGCCCGACACGACCACCAUGUCAAAUGCCAUAAUGAGCUGUUUGAGUGGCUAGAGGAGCAGCGUGUCAUCAUAUCGGAGCGUCUACAAGCUGCGAAGAAGACGGACGAGACGGACGAGACGGCCAAAGCGGAAGAGACGGCCAAAACAAAAGUCACGGAGACGACCAACACAGCAAAGACUGGGGCGAAAGCCGCAAACACACGGACAAAGUCGCGUCGCGGCAAUGUGAAAAGAGGCGCUCCUUCAAAGCAGCCGCGCAAGAAGGCUACCGCAGUUGACUACGAGAAGUGGCCGGCAAGUGCACCUCCCUCGGCGUCUGGGAUUUGA